AUGGUCCGCCUAAAGAACCGCUACCUCCUCAUGGACAUCCUCUAUCCAGAACCAUCAACAUGGCCUGCAGCAUCCAAAUCCACUACUCAAAACCCCUCACUAGCAAUCCAUUCCCCAAGCUCCGACUCGCUCACAGCAGGAUUCCUCGCGAAAAUGAUUCGCGAAUCCGUAGCGGAGCUAUACGGUGAUUGGGGAAUGGGAAAGCUCGGCGGUGCAUCAGCAGGCGGUAUUCAAAUCAAAUACCUUUCCCCCGCAACGUCAACAGCAAUAGUGCGGUGUCCCCGCGCCGCAUUCCGCAUCGUCUGGUCUGCCAUUACAUAUAUGUCCGGCGUGCCCGAACCAUCAUCCAAUCCGCAGAAGCGCGGAACCGGCCGUGAGCGCGGGUGCGUGUUCCGCGUCAUUCGCGUGUCGGGGACUAUGCGCAAGGCGGAGGAAGAGGCGAUUCGACGGGCUAGGGCGGAGAUUGUGCGCGUCAAGGACGCUGAGGAACGGGGCGUUCUUGGGGAUUUGAUUGAGGGGAUUGCUGGGGGAAGGGAACUGCUGUUGUUGACUCGGUGA